CAAGCUUCUGUCAACCGCACGAUCCAGUUACCGGAGCCGCCUGCUGCAAUGAAAAUACCCCCGUCGGUGGGCGGAUGUACGGGCCCCGCUCCACCGUCUCGGACCGAGGCACCGACUGAGUGAGUGAGUCGUUUGUGUGUUGUCACGUCGUAGAGAGCCACAAAGUGCGAGCUCGAGCCGGUGCGACGUGAAUUUCCCCCCCGCGCGAGCUCAGGAGCGGAGGCGGCGUCCCCGAGCCCGAGGUCAAAGCGAGCGACUCACUGAAGGCAUGUGGCAGAUAUUAUGGCUCAUGACCGGCGCACACCUCCCGGGAGCCAGCAGCUGGCCGGCUCCUGCCCCCCUGUAGCCGGGCCGCCCUCCGCCUUGAGCUCCACGCACGUUAACGCCGUACACGUGCACCUUUUGACUUCAUGAAGAUCCCCGACAACGGUGAUGUAAUGAAUAAAUUUGAAGUCCUGGGGAUCGUGGGUGAAGGUGCCUAUGGUGUUGUUUUGAAGUGUCGACACAAGGACACCAAUGAAAUUGUGGCCAUUAAGAAAUUCAAGGACAGCGAAGAAAAUGAAGAAGUUAAAGAAACAACACUGCGGGAGCUCAAGAUGCUCCGCACCCUCAAGCAGGAGAAUAUUGUGGAGUUGAAAGAGGCCUUCCGCAGAAGAGGAAAGCUAUACCUUGUCUUUGAGUAUGUGGAGAAGAACAUGCUUGAGCUGCUCGAGGAGCUGCCGAACGGUGUGCCGACGGAGAAGGCACGCAACUAUAUCUUCCAAUUAAUCAAGGCAAUCCACUGGUGUCACAAACACGACAUUGUUCAUCGGGACAUAAAGCCAGAAAACCUUCUCAUCAGCUCUGACGACAUCCUCAAGUUAUGUGACUUUGGCUUUGCACGUAAUCUCUCAGAGGGGACCGAUGCCAAUUAUACAGAGUAUGUGGCCACUAGAUGGUACCGCUCUCCGGAGCUCCUGCUCGGGGCUCCGUACGGCAAGGCAGUGGACAUGUGGUCGGUGGGCUGCAUCCUGGGAGAGCUGAGCGACGGGCAGCCCCUGUUCCCAGGAGAGAGUGAGAUCGACCAGCUCUUUACCAUCCAGAAAGUGUUGGGGCCCCUGCCACCAGAACAGAUGAAGCUCUUCUAUAACAACCCUCGCUUCCACGGGCUGCGGUUCCCUGCUGUGAACCACCCACAAACCUUGGAGCGUAGAUACCUGGGAAUCAUUGGCGGAGGCCUGUUAGACCUGCUGAAGAACCUGCUGUUGCUGAACCCGACGGAGCGCUUUCUCACGGAGCAGAGCCUGAACCACCACGCCUUCCAGACACUGCGGCUGGUGGAGCGGCCCGGCCCACCGACGCCUACACCUGUACGUUCCUCUAAGAGGAAGCCUCACCAUGGGGACAACACCACUCCGAGCAGGAGCCAUGGGGGAAAGAGCUCAGGAGGCCACCGCUCCAGCAGCAGAGAGUGCUCCAGCCUGCCCCGCCAUGAGGACCCCCACCCCAGCAACGAUGGAUUUCUCAACGGCAACAUGCCUACAGCCAUCAACCUCAGCCCCACCCUGCAUCCCAAGAGCUACCAGCCGCAGAUCUUUAACCACUCCACCUCGUGCAGCAUGGACCUUGCCAGCAGCAACCUGCCUCACCUGCUCAGCCCUGGCGAGGCCAAGAGCAAAGGAGACUUCGAGAUGAACCUGGGGUCCAAGGUGUCCGACGGCCCCGGAGCAAAGUACCUCAAAUCCAACUUCCGCUCGCAGCAGCAUCGCCAUUCUUUUGUGGAGGGGAAAACCAACACUCUUCAAACUGGGGAGAAGCAUAGUCGACAUAGCUACAUGGACUCUCACGGCUCCACACCCUCCUCCAAGUUUGCCUACCUGAACUUGUCUAAGAGCUACGGCACGCUUAGUGACGCCAAGUCAGUGGGGAACUUAAAUGAUGUGCAUCUGUAUGCCGAUGAGCCUACGUCUCGCUAUUUUCCCUCCAGCUGCCUUGACCUCACAGCUCCGAGCAGCCCAGCAGCACGCCGAGUUGACAGACUGGGACCCGGCACAGCUGGCCGAGGAAGCACGCGCUCGGAAAGGGAAAGUAACACCUUGGACUCCUCUUACAGGCGCUCCUCCACCCGCCACAAGGCCUCAGAGGAGGCCAAGUCGCCAGACGCCCUGGACCCAGGUGAAAGUAGCGCUGAAAGGAGCCACGGCCACUCACUGUCUGCCCCACACGACCCUCUGCCUUACGGCCCGGGAUACACCAGCCCAUUCUCCUCCCAGCAGCGGCCACACCGCCACUCCAUGUACGUACGGAGGGACCACCAGAGGACACACGGGGCAGACGAGGGUCUGACGGUGGGGCAGGGCAUGCCCACCAGAGCCAGCAGCCUCCAGCUCCUGUCUCCACAGCUGCAGCACCGCACGCUGCCUCAUCACCCCGGCGGCUCCUCCAGAGAAGAAGACAUGAGCAGGCAGAGCGAACAGGCACCCACUGAGGUCCUCCGCAGCAGACCCCCAAUAAGGGACUCCACAAGGGACAACACCGCAUCUUUUCACACACAGCGGCAAAAAAGCGAGGUUGGCUUAUAUCAUGUACAGAAAACAGAAGACGGGGGCUCCUCCAAAGAGAACCGCAACAUCUACAGUGAAUCGAUGCCGAGGAGGGUGGGAAGCUUCUACAGAGUCCCUUCCCCCCGGCCAGACAACUCCUUUCAUGACGGCCGGGGUCAGAGCCGGGGCUCCGGCUUGUCCGGGGACGGCAGCAGUUUGGCGAACCACUCCAAACGCCAGCCGACCUUUGACCCUUGGACUGGCCCAGAUACGCUGGUGUUGAACCCCUCUGAGCCACCCAAAGAAAAGGAGAAGCAGGGUUUCUUCAGAGCAAUAAAGAAGAAAAAGAAAAAAUCUCAAAUGAUGGAAGUCCCCGGUGGAAGGCCUCCUGUCAUCAAGAAAUGUCUUUUCCCUCUGUUUAGCCCAAAGAAUAACAUAAAGCAUAGUUCAUCUGUGCGAGUCCUCCCUGUAGUGUCCUCUCCCAUGGUUCCUACUGACGGGGUGGACACAGUCAUCCAGAAGUCCUCCAGGUCUUCGGGCCACCAGAGCAGCCGCCACAGGACCCGCGACAAGAGCAGAGACCGGGACCAAGAGCGAGAUCGAGACAGGGACAAGGACUGGCCACCGGAGAAACUGUCGGAUUCACACUCUCCAAGUCAGCCACUGAAGUCACUACGCAAGCUCCUGCACCUUUCAUCCUCAUCCUCCAAUCAGCCCGCGCCCGCCGACAUGCGCUACCAGCCGCUGCCCAAUUCGGCCUCCGCCCAGGGCGGUUUCACGGACAGCCGGGGACACUCGGGGGUCAGCACGCCGCAGCUGAAGGGCCGACAGACGGGCUACCCGCUGCCUGGGCAGCUGGAGUCCGGCUGGCACUCGUCUGCCCUGGGCCGCCCCGAAGGCAACCCCUACCCGGAGCAAAUGGGCAUCAAGGGAGGCCAGAAUGGGCACGGCUUCGGACGGCCCUCCAGGUCUCGUAUGCCAAACCUCAACGACCUGAAAGAGACAGCUCUGUGAUCCCCAUCACCCACACCCACCCCACCCCCGCAGCUCUCACCUUCCCUUUAGACCACUGUUUCCCCAACGAUGCUCCUACACCUCCCUUAUGUAACAGUACACCUGCUACACACACACACACAUACACACACACACAGAUACCAAACACUGCUUGCCAAUGGGCCAAAAGCCUUUUUAUGUCUAUUUUUUUUUAACUUCAGUGUUUGAUAGACUUUAUAUUAUUACUUAUGUAAUUCUGAUUAUAAUUUGUAUUAUAAAGUAAAUAUAUUACAAAUUAAAUAUAUAUACAUAAAUGGAUAAAGUGUAGAUUUUAAGUGUAAGUAUUUUUGUUUCUAUCCCUUAUAGAGAUUUAGUAGAUUUUACUGCGUAGUAUUUCCUUAAGACUUAUCUAAAGCAUUUUGAACCAAUACAGUUUUAUCAGUUGUUACAGUAGAGAUCGUUAAUGUCAGUAAUAUUGGCGUCUUCAUCUCACCCAGGUCUGUAACUCAUCGUCUAAGCUUCUCUUGCCUUUGAAUGCGCUCUGUCAUACAGAUGCUGUGACUACAAGAUCAAGCAGACUUGUUCUUAAACAAAAAAAUUAAGUUGUCGUGCAAUUUUUCUGAGUUGGCACUGACGAUCUAAAAAAAAAAAAUGUAAUCUGAUUUGUUCUUUUUUGAGGAUAUUUAGGUUUUUAUGUCUUUUUAUUAGACACGCAGCCAUUUUAGACACUUUGGUGCCAUAAAGUGACAGAAAUCCUAACCUAUGUCGCCCUCUGUAGGACACACUGAAGUACUGCGUUUGCUGCUCUGACCGAUUAUAACGUGCACUAACAUUUAGGUACUGGCUUUUCGUGUACAGUAUGUGUAAAUCAUCUCCUCCAUAUAUAUAUAUAUAUAUUAUGAACAAGUAUUAAACAGUUAAAACUAUGGCUACACCUCAGUCGUUUCACACAGAGCAAACAUAAUAACUGUUCCCUAUGCAGACUAUACUGAAGACCCUUUUGGUAGUUAUGUCAUCUAAAGAUAUUUACUGAAACGUGUAUUCAUGUGUGUGAUGAUGACCAUACAGCAGUAAAACCUAAAAAGUUUUGUUCACAAAAGCUACUUCCACGUGGUUUCAAUUAUGUAAUCACAUCAAAUAAAAUGCAAAUACAUGCAAAAGUAUUCUAUGAAGUUUAACUGCCGGAAUUUCUUUUUGUCUAUAAAAAUAAUUGUAAUUCUUUUUUUUCUUCUAAUUUUUAUUACAAAGUAAAUUUUUACAGCAGUUAGAGGAAUACAAAAGCCAUUGUGGACGUUCUGGUGCAGUGAUUUCCUGCACUUGUCUUUUUGUCCGAUGCCCCCCCCCCCACAGCCCAGCAGUCUUGUUCCAUGUGUGUUCAUUCAAAACUGAUAUUAAACUGGAUGUCAUUUAACACUAUCGACAUUUUUAACAGCAAUUUCUCACAAGUUUUGUUUGGUGAAGUUUAUAUGCGCACCAUAACAACCUGGACUGGCAUGAGCUUUGCUUUUCAACCACUGUCCAUUAAUCACUGUUUUAGCCGUUUUGUCGUUUCUGAUCAUUUAUUCUUUCUAGCUGAUGUAAGUGUUUAUCCUUCAUUUUUGGUUAUUUCUACACCUUUUCCAAAGGUUUUAGCUAAUUACUUUAACUCUCCAUUCAUUUUUUCCCCCGUUUCUCAGCCGUUUCCUCAGCGCUUUUAGCUCUUCACACGCUCUCGGUUGAAACGCACAACCAGGCUACUGUCCAGGCCGUUGUUGGUGACUCUGUUUGUGGAUUUAUCGUUUCAAUCAAAUCUUUUCAAAUUUAGUUCUGCGACUCUACCAUCUUCCCGUGUGGCCCCUAGCUUGCAACUGCAAAAUUCCCCUCCUAGUACUACAGGUACUAGUGUUUCUUUAAACCGACACAGACUCGGAGACACUGGGGACGAGCCUUUAAGAUAUCUGUAAAUGGAGCAGGAGCUAUAUAUGCGCUGACAUUGUUCUUCUGUGUGAAAUUAAGUGCCACAAGUAGUAGUUUGGCAGAAAUACAUUCUCAACUUUUUAAUGUUGCACUUUGAAGAGACUGGUGUGGCUCAGCAGUUUUGCUCUGACACUGUAAAUUCUUCCUCGGUUCAUGUCCUUCACAUGCACGUGUGUGAGGACUGAAACACUCCCACAGUCACACACCAUCGUAUACCGUAUUGUGUGCCAUGCGUCUGUAAGGACUGUGCACACUCCAUACUCGACACUGGAUCAUUGUUUUUUCGCUGAAGGAGCACCGUGUAUUAUAUUAAUACUGAUGUGUGACUACUUGUUUGGUAAUAUUUAUAACAGAAGAUGUUAAUCAGCUGUUUAAAUGAAAUCAAGUAUUAAGUUUGUGCUUUUACUACAGACACAAAUUAGUAGCAUAGUCUGUGUGUUUCUCUCUGCUUUUUAUUUUCAACAGAGCAUUUACACGAGAGCGUGAAACCCACAAAUGAAUGGUUAACAAUUUUAGAAUAUCCAUGUUUACAAAUGUACCGGUAAAUCUCAAAUAAAACAAGCUCAUUUGA